AUGCUAGAACCAUCAAUCCAAAAGCCUCGCAAAAGAAGAGCUAGAACAGGCUGCUUAAAUUGCCGGAAAAAGCAUAAGAAAUGUGACGAAACUAAACCAAAUUGUUCUUCUUGUAUGAAAAAAUCAGAAGUCUGCGAAUGGCCUAUGAAUAAUGGACGGUUUAAUAGAAACUCAAUAAGUGGUCUAUCAGGAAUCAUUGAUCAAAAUAAUGAAUCGGGGAACUUAGAUAAGUAUGCAGAUCGUUUACUUAAAAAUUUUAAUAGAAGAGCUACCACCUCUAAUGAUUCUGUAACAUUUCCUACCAGAAAAUACUCGCUGCUUUCCAAUAGUGAUUCAACUUCUUCAUGUAUGGGUUCGAAUUCCUCAAAAUUACUGCUGAUUGUUUCACCAUCGGCUUCUCGUAUUCCAUCCAAUAUUUACAGUCAUGAAAGAAAUAUGAUACCACCAUUAUUGGAUUCCAACGAAUCAGUACUGAAAGUCCCGUUGAACCAGAUAUUAAAUUCAAACAAAAUAUCUCCAAAUAAUGGGGGAUCUAAGGAUGAUACUAGGUUAACAACCGAGGAAAGCCCACCAAAUAAGAGAGAGAACGGAAAAAAUGAGAACCACCAUUCAAUCGAUACAUCACCUUUUGACUCAGCAAAUCCAAAUAUGGAAAACAGGGUUGAGAAUGGAUCAGUUUACUUUAACUCGAAUCCAAUUCAAGAUAAUAACCUCAAUAACUAUAACAAUCCAAGCAUUGAUGGCUCACCUGCAACAAAAAUUGACAAUAGCACAACAUAUUCUUUCUCCCCUUCUGACUCCUUAGCGCCAUUUUUGCUUUAUAAUGAUUUGCAUAAUACAUUAAGAGAUUAUAUGUUUACAAAUGCCGAACUUAAUGAUUUUACAACAACAGCAAAUUUUAAUAAUAUUUUAUGUUCACCAGCUCCGAACUUCCUUUCAAGAAAUUCCAGUAAAAAUUUACAAGACCUAUUAAAUGACUCAACAGAUAAUACCAAUAAAGAAUCUGGUGUAAAUUCUGCCACUCCUGCUAAUAACAGUAACAAUAAAGUUAGUGACAUUCUAAAUAGUUUUCUGACAGACCUAACAUCUCGCGAGGAAUUGGAGUUAUUUAAGAAUUAUUUAUAUGAGGUUGCUCCUUGGUUGGAUAUGUUUGAUAAUUCUAAGCAGUUUGGUACUACAGUAGCAGAUCUUGCUCAGAAUAAUAAGUCUUUACUUUAUGCUAUCUAUGCUAUAUCUUCUAGACAAAAAGAACAAACAGAACGAGAAUAUCCUUCAGAAAAAACGAUUAAGCUAUAUCAAGAGUCGUUGAAGCAUUUGAUCCCAACAGUUAAUAAGAUUAUGGAUAAAUCAAUAAUUUCAUCAUGCGUUAUAUUGUGUGUUUUUGAAAUGAUGUCGUCGUCUCCUAAAGAAUGGCGACAUCACUUGGAAGGUUGCCAUGCACUAUUUGAAGCCAAUGAUAUAAAUGGGUUUAGUGGAGAUUUGGAGAGAAGGUUAUUUUGGUGCUACGCAAGAAUGGAUGUCAAUUCAGCCGUCAUUGGAGAGCAAUCCACUAUAAUUCCUUCUGAGAAUUGGCUUCCUAAGGAUUAUUCGAUUUAUGAGCUGAAACGCUUAUUUAAUGAAACAAAAGAUGAUGAUAUGUAUGCAAACUAUAUUGUAUUCUUAUGUUCUAGAGUACUAAACUUGAUAACAAAAGAUUCUAAAAAUUUUCAACAAGAAUGGGAUUUUUUAUGGAACGAAAUUAUAGAUUGGAAUCUUAACAUACCAUUCCAUUUGAAGCCAAUACUAAGCUACGAUGAUAAACCAUUUCCCGGAGUUUUAUUUUUGAAUGGGCCGGCAAUUUCAGCUAACCAAUUGUUUCAUAUGGCAAUUAUACUAUUAACUCAGAACAAGCCAAGGUUAUACAAAAUUAAGCCUUCGGCGUGUAUUAAAUCGACGAUAUGGCAUGCAAAACAGAUAUGCGCAAUCAGCAUACAUAAUAAUCAUCAUUCAUUUAGCGGGUGUUGGAAUAAUGCCUUGCAACCUUUAUGGAUCGCUGGCAAACUAUUAAGUAGUGACCAUGAACAUGAAAUAAUAUUGAAUUUAUUGGAUAAGAUUGAAUCAACCACAGGAUGGCAAAUGAAAUUUAGAAAGAAAGAUUUGAAAAAGUAUUGGAAUGGCUUAACGAUCGAAUAA